GAAUGAGAAGCUGAGUCGUCGCGCGGCUUAGGCAGUGCUAGUACAGUUAGCAAGAACGUGUGAGGAAAGUUUCUCGUAAAACAUCUUUAAAUCACACUACAGUCAUCAGAAACCGUCCGGAUGAGACAGACUCAUCGAUCAUGAAGACAAACGCGUUCCCACGCGAUUUAGGAUAGAAGCGUCUGUCAAACAUAUAAACAACACACACACACGCACUUCAUAUACACAAACACACAAUCACACACCUGUCAGACAUCACUCAUUCACAAACACACGCCCAUUAGCCGUUUGACGUCACGCACACUAAACAUAUUAUAACAUCUGUCAUACACUCAUUCAGGUGUAAAACAUACAAUAUUAUACACAGACAGACACCUGUCACAGUGGAUCUGCAUUCACAUGAGGAAGAUGAUGAUGAAGGACUGACUGCCCUGUGACACACACACAACAUGGGCUCGUCUCUGAGUGAACCUUGUAUCUAUGAUAAGUUAUCAGAGAGUAUAGAUAUACUGCGACAGUCCGGUUAUCGUUAUGGGAUGUCAGAGAGAGAGAUUGAGAGAUUCAUCAAACAGGUUCUGGAGACGAAUGAACCUCGUCGAGAUCCACCACAGUUCCCCAUCCUCAGAGCGACAGUCAAGUUUUUAGUUGCUGUUGGGGUUCUGUUGAUCGCUGUUUUAGCGUUCACAUACCCACAGAGUCCCCCCCUCCUUGGACCCCUGAGGGCCACAGGACACAACUGGUCAUCCCCUCUGAGUCACAUCCGUCUGCUGUCACUGCCCAUCGCUAAAAAAUACAACCUGCACGGAUUUCACGAGUGGUGGGUCGCAGCUCAGGUCAACUGCUCCGCCUGCGCAGACGUGACUGCAGUGCUGGAACUGACUCACGUGUUAAGCGAGUCUGCAGUGAUGCACAGAGAAACACAACCCAUACUACUGAAGGGUGGAGAGUCUGUGUCUCAGCGUGUUUCUCAGCUGGAUCAGUUUUCAAGAGAUGCUCACUUCAGCGUUAUAAAGCAGGAGACAAACACACAAUCACCCGCUAACAUCAGUCUGAUCUGGAGUUUCUCAUCCAGUCGCAAAGAGAGGAUUUUCCAGUGGCUGUUUCCUGACGUUGAGCUCUGCCCCCUGCUGAACAACACAGGAACUACACUGCAACACUGUGAGCUGACCGACAACACGAGCUCUCAAAGCAGGAGAGAGCAGGUGAUGGGUUGGUUGGUGGUUGCAGAGGGAUCUCCAGCUGUUGGUGUUCGUCCUGUCCAACGAUGUGAAAAACACUGCAGAUCUUUUAACCUGUGGCUUGAGCCGGGAGAUAUGGUCUACGCAGAUCCACGCUACUGGAUUACAGAGCUGUUCCCGGGGCAAGGUCAGAACGUUGUUUGUGACGUACCGGUGCUUUGAGGAUCACCUCACAUGAACUUCUCUGUGCCAAUGAGCUUCAUUCGGUGUGAAUGACACAUUCCAGUCUCACGACCUCACUUCCUGAGAUGCCGAACGUCACACGGAGAUCUGGAGACGCACCUGAAACAGAGGAGAAUCAGCUAAUAAUGCCUCUCACAGAGUCUCAGGGUCUUUAUGAAGAAGAAGAAGAAGAAGAGUGUUUACCUGCGGAUGUUCUCUCAGGUCUGGUUCUGAUCCAAAACCACUGACUGGAAUAUCAGGAAAUCAGACGUUUAGAGUUUUCUUUAUUUUGAUACCCGGACACGAAGAUUCAGAAGUGAUUUAUCUCAGUGAUUUUUGUCUGUUGAGCUCCUGUGAUGCAGAUGUGAUUUUGUUUCAUUUUUCACACACACACACACACACACACACACACACACACACACACACACACACACACACACACACACCGUUUUACGAUUUGUGUUUACCCUGAACUUUAAAAAAACAAGAAGUUUUUUUUUUGCAUGAAGAUGAACAAUUUAAUUUAAUUGUGACAUCAGUAUGAGUCUUAAGUCUGUUUAUUAUAAUGCCAAAGAAAACAGAUGAGGUUUAAUUAGUAAAGAAUUCACAUUUAUUUUAAUUGCGUCCUACAGGAUGAAGACUUUUUACUAUAUUUGUGUAUUUUCGUAAUCUUGGGGGAAUAUGAUUUCACGGCAAAUAAUCUCCAUGCUUUUGAACAACAAGCUUACUUUUCUUCAUGCAAAUAUAAUCUCUCAUCCGCCGUUCCUGCUGAUCAGCCAAUCAAAGCACUUUAAAUGUUUGUCAUCAGCUGAUGAUGUCACAUCCUGUUAGAACUCUUGUAGAGUCACAUCUGUCUCAGUGUGUAACAUGCAGGGUUAGGUUGAUGUUGAACUAGUAGGGAUUGCACACUUUUCUCAACCAAUCAGAGACUGUUGAAUGUCAUGACAUCAUAACACGCCGUGUAAUCAGACUGUUCUGAUGGUUAAUCGGUUAUAGUUUGGAUAGAUGAUGUUUAUUCUCUUGAGUUGAAUCAGUGUAAAUAAUAAUAUUAAUAAGAUGUUUAUGUGAUGACUAAUAUGAUUCAGAGAUUUAUGUUUUACUGUAGGAUUUACACAGUAAACAAAUGUUGCUGUUGAUUAAACGAUUUGUUUGAUGUUUUA